GGGACCCAGCGGCCGUGGGGGUGCGCCUGGCUAUGCCCGGCGUCGCGGCCUGAGCCCCUCCACCCGCCGCAAGCAUGAAGGACAGCGGGGACUCCAAGGACCAGCAACUCAUGGUGGCGCUUCGGAUCAGGCCCAUCAGUGUGGCAGAACUGGAGGAAGGAGCCACCCUCAUUGCCCAUAAAGUGGAUGAGCAGAUGGUGAUUCUCAUGGACCCCAUGGAGGACCCUGAUGACAUCCUGCGGGCUCACCGCUCCCGGGAAAAGUCCUACCUGUUUGACGUGGCCUUUGACUUCACUGCCACCCAGGAGAUGGUGUAUCAGGCCACCACCAAGAGCCUUAUUGAAGGCGUCAUCUCGGGCUACAACGCCACUGUCUUUGCCUACGGCCCCACUGGCUGUGGGAAAACCUACACCAUGCUGGGCACAGACCAUGAGCCGGGCAUCUACGUCCGAACCCUCAAUGACCUCUUCCACGCCAUCGAGGAGACCAGCAAUGACAUGGAGUAUGAGGUGUCCAUGUCCUACCUGGAGAUCUACAACGAGAUGAUCCGGGACCUGCUGAACCCCGCCCUGGGAUACCUGGAGCUGAGGGAGGACUCCAAGGGGGUGAUCCAAGUGGCAGGAAUCACCGAGGUCUCCACCAUCAAUGCCAAAGAGAUCAUGCAGCUGCUGAUGAAGGGGAACCGGCAGAGGACGCAGGAGCCCACAGCUGCCAACCAGACUUCGUCGCGCUCUCACGCUGUGCUCCAGGUGGCUGUGCGCCAGCGCAGCCGCAUCAAGGACAUCCUGCAGGAGGUGCGGCAGGGCCGCCUCUUCAUGAUUGACCUGGCCGGCUCGGAGCGCGCCUCCCAGACACAGAACCGGGGGCAGCGCAUGAAGGAGGGCGCCCACAUCAACCGCUCCCUGCUGGCCCUGGGCAACUGCAUCAAUGCGCUGAGUGACAAGAGCAGCAACAAGUACAUCAACUAUCGCGACAGCAAGCUCACCCGGCUCCUGAAGGACUCCCUAGGGGGGAACAGCCGCACGGUGAUGAUAGCCCACAUCAGCCCAGCGAGCAGUGCCUUUGAGGAAUCCCGGAACACCUUGACCUACGCCGGCCGGGCCAAGAACAUUAAGACCAGGGUGAAGCAGAAUCUGCUGAGUGUCUCCUACCACAUCGCCCAGUACACCAGCAUCAUUGCUGACCUUCGGGGCGAGAUCCAGAGGCUCAAGAGCAAGAUUGAUCAGCAGGGGGGGCGGGGGCCGGCCCGGGGCCGGCUGGAGCGGGGUGACCUCAGCCACAUCCAAGCAGAGGCCCGGUUGCACAGUGGGCAGGGGGAGCAGACCGAGAUGGCUCAGCUGCGGGAACAGCUCAUCAGCGCCUUCCAGGAGCAGAUGGAUGUGCGGAGACGCCUGCUGGAGCUGGAGAACCACGCCAUGGAGGUCCAGAUUGACACCUCCCGCCACCUGCUCACCAUCGCUGGCUGGGAGCACGAGAAGUCUCGCCGGGCCCUCAAGUGGCGGGAGGAGCAGCGGAAGGAGUCGUUCACCAAGGAUGACAGCGAGAAGGACUCGGACACAGGCGAUGACCAGCCAGACAACCUUGAGCCACCUGAGGUGGCCUCAGCCCGGGAGAACAUCGCUGCCCUGGUGGGCGAGCAGAAGAAGCUGCGCAAGGAGAAGCUGGCGCUGCAGCAGCGCUGUCGCGAGCUGCGCACGCGGGGCCGGCGCCUAGAGGAGACGCUCCCGCGGCGCAUCGGCUCUGAAGAACAGCGCGAGGUGCUCAGCCUUCUGUGCCGCGUGCACGAGCUCGAGGUGGAGAACACCGAGUUGCAGUCGCACGCGCUGCUCCGCGACGGCGCGCUCCGCCACCGCCGCGAGGCCGUGCGUCGCCUGGAGCAGCACCGCAGCCUCUGUGACGAGAUCAUCCAGGGCCAGCGGCAGAUUAUCGACGACUACAACCUGGCCGUCCCCCAGCACCUCGAGGAGCUCUACGAAAUGUACCUGCGGGAACUGGAGGAGGGCAGCCUGGAGCGGGCUACCAUCAUGGACCGUGUGGCCUCCAGGGCCCUGCGGGACAGCUCCUUGCCCAAAAUUGCCCCAGCAGGAGCCAUGCUGACCCCAGAUUCUGACCUGGAGAGCGUGAAGACGCUGAGUUCUGAGGCUCACCGUCUGCAGAACAGCAUCCUGCCCCCCCUCAGCACAGAGAGUGAAGCCAACCACGUGUUCAAGGCCAGUUCCCGGGCCUGGCAGGUGAGGGGCUCCUCUGUGCCCACCCCGCCCCCCAUCCAGAUCGGCAGCCUGGUGACCCAGGAGGCCCCUGCGCUGGACAGCCUGGUCAGCCUGAGCAGUCGGAUCAACUCUUCCCCUGACAGCAGUGAGACUCUGUCGGAGAUGCCCUUGUCCCACAAAGAGCGGAAGCAGAUCCUCACCGGCACCAAGUGCAUUUCGGUGAAGGCGGCGCGACGACGCUCGCGGGCCCUGGGAGCAGAGGGGCGCCACUUGCCGGCGCCCGCGACCGAGCGCAGUAGCCUGUCCCUGCACUCACUGAGCGAGACGGAAGAUGCGCGGCCCUCUGGCCCUCUGGCCUGCAAGCGGCCGCCCAGCCCCGCGCUGCAGCAUGCGGCCAGCGAGGACAACCUGUCCAGCAGCACCAGCGAGGCCCCAGCCCAGGUGUCGGGGCCGCAUGAGGACAGCUCUGAGCCCUGGCUGCGCGGCCAGAAGAAAAGCCCCAGCAAGAAACGGGAGGAGUCGCUGGAGGCCAAGAGAAGAAAGCGGAGGUCCCGAUCCUUUGAGGUCACCGGGCAAGGGCUUUCCCGCCCCAAGAACCACCUCCUGGGGCCCCGUCCCAUGGAGAAUACGUCAGACCACAGGGUGCCCGCCUGUGGGCACCCAGCCCCUGGUGUCCGGCACCCAGGAAAGGUCACGCUGCCUUUGGCCAAAGUCAGACUCCCUCCAAGCCAGAACACCGGCUCUGGGGACCCCUUACCCCUUGCCAUUGCCCCAAACCCAGUUGGCAUUUCCCGACGGGCUACUCGAGGGCCACGCCUGCCCCACGGCACAGGCACCCAUGGCAAAGAUGGACGUUUCCGGCGUAACUGAGGGGCCCUGUCUGGAACUGACCCUCCUGCUCCCCAGACUGAAUGGGGUGUAGCAGAGAAAUGGGAGGUGGAGGCAGGACAGAUGGGGGUGACUGGGGAGCUGGAGCCCAGGAUCUCAGAAGGCCUGGGCUCCUAAGACCCAGGAAUUGUGGGGUGCCUGCCUGACCCUUCCGUGCUUCAGUGCCACUGGGGAAGGGAGGUGAUCCCAAAAGGCAUGGCCAGGACAACA